GAUUUUUCCCGAACGCAAAAUAUACAGACCCAGGAUUCAGUCUGGAUACUAUGCGUUCACAACACACAUCGUAUCCAGAUGGAAAACUUGCUUGUGUGAAGGAGCCCGCAAGGGAAGAGGUGGCGAACCAAUGGCGCUGGGUUCACCGACAUCUCCAAAGCCUGGUGGGGGUGCUCAAUUUCUGCCUGGUUUUCUCAUGGGUGAUAUUCAAACACCUGUAACGCCACAGCUUCGUCCAUCCUUGGGAGUAAUGGAGUUGCGAUCACCGUUGAUGGGAGGGAGUUCUCCACCGCAGCCUGUGGUUCCAGCUCAUAAAGAUAAGAGUGGUGCACCUCCAGUUUCAAGUAUUUAUGAUGACGUUCUAAGCCCCGGUCUUGGCUCUACACCUUUAAGUUCCAGAAAGCUGGCCAACUUCUCUACAGCGCAGAUGUCUCACACAGGGGUAACGCCAUCUACACCAUGUGCAGCUGCAAAUGUUUUUAGCCCUGCAACCUUUGUGCAAACCAGGAAGGGAACGCUAUCUCCUGCCCAGCUAGAUCCGUUUUACACACAAGGCGAUGCUUUGACAUCUGAUGACCAACUAGAUGAUACUUGGGUUACAGUAUUCGGGUUUCCUCAAGCCUCGGCCUCUUACAUUUUGCUGCAGUUUGCUCAGUAUGGGAAUAUAGUGAAACAUGUGAUGUCAAAUGCAGGGAACUGGAUGCACAUACAGUACCAGUCAAAGCUGCAGGCGAGGAAAGCGUUAAGUAAAGACGGCAAGGUUUUUGGAGAUUGCAUUAUGAUUGGUGUGAAGCCUUGUAUUGAUAAGAGUAUAAUGGACAGUGGUGAGAAGACCUCGGUCUCUUCAGUCUUCACAUCGCCAGUUACAGCUCUCGGCACCCCUACUCAGCAGAUGGGUACACCAAGAUCAGGAAUGAGACCUCUUUCUGCAGCAUACAGAGUUCCAGCAAAUGACUACCAGGUUUUGUCAGACAAGCAGACGCCUAAAAAGGAUGAAAGUCUUGUAUCAAAAGCUAUGGAAUUUGUGUUUGGAUGGUAGUAGGAAACUAUGAGACUUCUCAAACUCACUGCCACAUUUCUUGGUUAGUUGUAUAACCGCUCUUGGCAGUUCAGUGGAGACAUGAACACACCAAACUCGUCUUUUAUGUACUUUGUACAGAUAUUUCUCAUUCAUUCUUUUUCUAUCUGCGGUGUAUGACUGUAUUAUUAUGAUGCUGCUUGGACUUGAACCAGUUAACGAAUGUAAUUUCUCAUCUGGAAACCCUUCAGUACCAUUGGAAACCAAUUACUACAGUGUGACCGUAGUACUCGCUGCCAUUCCAAUCAUUAAUGCACUACUCCCCAAUGCAAGUGUGUUUGUGAACUUUCUUUUUAUGUCCUAAUUGAUUGUAAACAUUUUCUGAAAUUUUGCAAAAAUGUCAGUCUGUU